UGAUUGUAUUCAUAACUUCCCUGCAGGUAAAUCUCGUCAUUAUAACGUGUUAGUUUGUGAUGUUUGCACUGUGACUACAGGAUGAGAACUUGAGAGGAUUGAGAAGAUUAAAGUUAAAUAGUUUUUUUUUCUUUUGUGUGUUUCAGACAAACGUUACGCUCUCACAGAUCCGGCUGUUUUUAUUGCACGGCUCUGCGUAAGAAGGAUUAGCAUCGUGCAGAAAACAUCGACAACUUAAUCCUACAAUGUGACUUUAGAAAAACAGAGGAGAUGUUCAGAGUAAAUCUUCAGUGUAAGUGGUUUAUGAGAGUAUAUAAAGAGGCUGAAGCGAUCGGUGAGGUUAGCUGAGGAGUCACGAUGGGGAAAUACUUCCACCUGUACGAGAACAUCUCUAAAGUGAGUCCCUUUGAGGGGCCGCAGUAUUACCUGGCCCCUCAGUGGGUCUUUUACCUGCAGACCGUCUUCAUGGGCUUCGUCCUGUUUGCUGGGACGCCGUUAAACCUGAUCGUUCUGCUGGUGACGGUGAAGUACAAGAAGCUCCAGGUGCCUCUGAACUACAUCCUGGUCAACAUCUCAUUUGCAGGCUUCAUUUUUGUGACGUUCUCCGUCAGUCAGGUGUUUGUCUCCACCAUGAAGGGGUACUUCUUCCUGGGUCAUACCAUGUGUGCCUUGGAGUCUACAAUGGGAUCUAUAGCAGGACUGGUCACAGCCUGGUCUUUGGCAGUCCUUUCAUUUGAGAGAUACCUGGUCAUCUGUAAACCUUUUGGAGCCUUUAAAUUCGGCAGUAACCACGCUCUGGCCGCUGUCGCCUUCACCUGGUUCAUGGGCAUCGGCUGUGCCAUCCCGCCUUUCUUUGGCUGGAGCAGGUAUAUUCCUGAAGGUCUGGGCUGCUCCUGUGGACCAGACUGGUACACUCACAAUGAGGAGUUUCACUGCAGCAGCUACACCAACUUCCUGAUGGUGACCUGUUUCAUCGCCCCACUUGCCAUCAUCAUCUUCUCCUAUUCUCAGUUGCUGGGCGCUCUGAGAGCGGUUGCGGCUCAGCAGGCGGAGUCCGUCUCCACCCAGAAGGCGGAGAAGGAAGUGUCGAGGAUGAUCAUCGUCAUGGUGGGAUCCUUCAUCACCUGUUAUGGCCCGUAUGCCAUUGCAGCUCUUUACUUUGCCUACUCGUCAGAUGAGAACAAAGAUUACCGCCUCGUCACCAUCCCGGCGUUUUUCUCCAAGAGCUCCUGCGUGUACAACCCACUCAUCUAUGUCUUCAUGAACAAACAGUUUAACGCCUGCAUCAUGGAGAUGGUGUUUGGAAAGAAAAUGGAUGAAUCAUCGGAGGUUUCUUCAAAGACUGAGACGUCUUCAGUGUCCGUAGCUUCUUAAUGUUCAGGACAAAACUCAGAUGGAAGACAAAAGGACAUUUCUAUCAAUGUUACAGGAAGACUCUUCAAGGCGAUGUUCCCUGUAGACCAACAUGUAAAUACAACAAAUAUUAUGAUGUAGAACGUCCCUGUUUAGAUGAAAGGCAACAAAAAUGUGAUAA